AUGGACUUCGCGCCAUACCAGUCCUCGCCCCCUGAGCACGGCCGAGUAGCCUCUCCUCCCGGCUAUAGUGCAUCCCCGCGCGCUUCCACAGACGCAAGUAAGAGGCCAUUCUCACCUAUCAAUGCUGCGCGCAGUCCGCCUCCGCUGCAGCACCCUCAACCUCAGAGGGCUUGGGGAGGAUUCGACGGUCAAACGAGCGGCUGGGCUGGUGGCAGCUCUGCACCUGCAGGGAGCUCUUUGCCCGGUGCAUAUCCUGCGGCCGAAGUGAGCGAGUUUGACACCAGCCUCGGACUGCGACUCGGCUACGAAGCUUGUCUGGCAUAUUUGGCGUGUCCGCCCAUUGGCGCCAUCGUGCUCCUUAUACUGGAAAGAAAAAGCGACUACGUCAGAUUCCAUGCCUGGCAAUCCGCAUUAUUGUUUACGGCCAUUAUGGUUCUCCACCUCCUAUUCUCGUGGUCGAAGUUCUUUAGUUGGCUCUUUUUCCUAGGAGAUCUGGCUUUGAUUGGAUUUCUCUCUCUCAAAGCAUACCGCGACGCUGAAAUAUUAGACAGAUUCGAAGUUCCAUUCUUCGGAAAGAUAGCAGCGAGGAUACUGGACGACGAGUAA